UCAGCAGCUGAGAGAGACCUGUCACUCCAUGCACACACCAUGUUAACAUUACAUAUGAACGGUGACAUGACGGAGGACUCAGGUGACAAAACUGAGAUGGACAUGGACAGUCCUGCCAAACUCAUCGCUCAGUGCUGCAAUGAGCAGACCGAGAAGAUCCGAGAUGAUCCAGAGGAAGCUAUGAUGAUGACGGAACAGGCUCCCGAUCUGAACUCGUCCUCGUGUCUCACAUCGGCACAGAGCAGCAAUGAGGCCAUCAGUCGGGCCUUUUUUGAUGGGAUGGAUGUUGCAGAGGAAGCCAAGUCAACAUCAGAGGAGAAGAAUACAACAGAGCUGGAUGAUUUGCUGGACUCUCUGCAGCAUCUGCAGCUGCGUCUGACGGAUGCUGAGAGUCAGCGGGACGUUGGGCUGCUGCUGGAGCUGCUGCUUCAGUCAGAUUUCCAGCAGGCGUUCAUCAUGCACCGCAGCGUGGCUCAGAGCAUGAGACGCCUCUGUCCGCCGUUCCCGCUCACCGCACACGCACAGCAGCUCAGAGACGAGGCCCUGAUGGAAGCUCAUGACUGUAUUGCUGAACAGGAAUUAGAUGUUGAAACUACUGAAUCAGUGGACCAGGAUGAAAAGACCACCAAACUGGUUUCCCUGGAGAAAACUCGUGACAUGCCUCUGGGCGUGACCGUUCGGAACGAACAUGAUCGCGUGGUCAUCAGUCGGGUGGUGAGCGGCGGUACUGCUGAGAAAAGCAACCUGCUCAGUGAAGGAGAUGAAAUCUUGGAGAUCAAUGGCAUUCCAGUCCGUGGAAAAAGUGUUAAUGAUGUUCACAACAUACUGUCCUGCAUGCAUGGGUCUCUCACGUUUCUCCUCAUCCCAAACUAUCAAAACAAAAUAGCUCCUCACAGAACAACUGUGAUGCAUGUGAAGGCAAACUUCAGCUAUGACCCAUCUGACGACCUAUAUGUGCCAUGCAGAGAGCACGGCCUGUCCUUCCAAAAGGGAGACAUCCUUCACGUCACCAGCCAGGAUGACCCCAACUGGUGGCAGGCGUACCGGGACAGACAUGAGGACCAGAAGCCCCUUGCUGGCCUUAUACCUGGGAAGAGCUUCCAGCAGCAAAGAGAAGCUAUGAAGAAAACCAUCACAGACAGAAAUCAAGAGUAUAAAGGGAAACUUUGGUGUGCAAAGAAAAGCCAAAAACAACGAAAAAAACUCUUGUUCAACCCAAGUAAGAAUAUCGACCACUACAGCGAGGAUAUCCUGACCUAUGAGGAGGUGGCACUUUACCAUCAGCCACCCAACCGCAAGCGUCCCAUCGCCCUGAUUGGACCACCCAACAGUGGACAUGAUGAACUGAGACAAAGACUGCUCUCCUUAGAGCCUGACCGAUUCACCGGUGCUGUUCCACACACCACACGAAACCCCCGUGCACAUGAGGUCAACGGCAGGGAGUACAACUUUGUAUCACGGCAGAGCUUUGAAUGUGACCUGGCUGCAGGGAAAUUAAUCGAGUCGGGCGAGUUUGAACAGAACCUGUACGGCACAAAUACGGAUUCAGUCAGACAGGUUGUCAACUCAGGAAAAAUCUGUUUGCUGUGUCUGCAUCCCAGGUCCCUGCGACUGCUGUGUUCCUCAGAUCUUAAACCGUACAUCAUCUUCAUCAGGCCUUCUCCUCCUCCUCCUCAGGAGCGAUUCUCCACCCUGCUGACCAGAGGAGUGAAGAAACACAUGCCCGAGGAUGUGAGAGAGACCUUGGAGAAAGCGCGUGAGAUGGAGCACAGCUACGGUCACUUGUUCGAUGCAGUCAUCACAAACAUCGAGCAGGACAAGAGUGUCUCUGAGCUGCUGAGACUCAUUGACAAACUGGACAUCGAGCCGCAGUGGGUCCCUUCAGCCUGGGUCAGCUAAAAAACACUUUCAGUUCAGAAGAAAUGUGUUUUCACUGUUGAAGGCUAGAAUUGCUCUGAUGAGGAGCAACAAGCGGUAUGUUUGAAAUGGCCACCAUACUGCUCAUACUGUUUUUGCAGUAUGGAUAUUGUGCACAGUGUGCUUCCUUUUUGUGUGUGUCUACUUGUUAAAGGAAUAGUUCACCCCAAAAUGAAGAUUUGCUGACAAU